AUGGAUGGAUACUCUAAUUUUUUCUACUGCAUUAAAGGAUACGAUGGGAAAUUAUAUUAAGGACUUACUACUGCAAAUGAUUCUUAUAUCCAACUAAACUUAAUAGGAUUGCCCUUAAAUUAGAAUAAACUUUUUGAGGUAACCAUAUCAGGUGUUAUCUAGACAGUAAAUGGGUAUUCAAAUGUAGUAACACGGACCCUUAAGGGAAAAUUGUAAUCUCUGAUAAAUGUGCAAUGGGUAAGUCCAGAUAGAGCUCUGUAUGAUGGCAUAAAUUUCCAUAAAGAUGAAAGUAUGUUCUACUCAUUUGAUAUGUCACUUAAACAACCAAAAGGAUCUACUAUUAUUAUUACAAUACCUCCUAUUUUGAGCUUUGUUAACUAGUUUGGGUAAUGCUCAAUUAAUGAAUGGUUCGAUUGUGAAAAGUAGUCAAGUGGUAUUACUUCAAUACAUAGCUACUAUCUAGUACGUCCAAAAACAACUUUUGAAUAGGGCAGUUAUUUCACUUAUGUCAAAACUACUGAAUUUGUUAUAAUGACAACUUCUUUAGACUUUUAAAUGUACAUGAUUGGAGGAGCUCUUGUUCAAAUUAAGUUAUCAAGUGGAACAGUAGUAAGUAAACAAUCAUCAACUAUUGAUCUCUUGAGUUUAUCUGAUAACAAGGCAUCCUUAUGCUCGAAUCAUUUAACUAGGACAGAUUUCGGAUUAAGUAGUAGUGGCACAUUCUCAGAGAUAAAAUUGCAUUCUAAAAUAUUAAAUAAGCAAAGGCAGCAGUAAAUUUAGAUUAUUUGCGACUUCUAUGAUGGUUAAUUUCAGGUCAGAAUCAAUAAUGCCAGUUAUUAUACCAUCUAAUCAUCACAGUACUAUUUUAACGAAAUUUUUGAAUAAGGUUUCAAUGAUUUUUAUGUUCAUGGAAUAGCCUAAAGUUCAUAGACUAACCCAAAUUUCCAAUGCAGUAUUGCGGGAAAUUGCUUGACUAGGGAUCAACUGUUUUAUCCUUAGAGAAGUACUCAGGUAAAUAUGCCUUUUAAUGCAAAUAACAAUCCUCACGAAAUUCUGUAUAACUUAACACAAACAGCUGUAGAUAGAGAAACAAAUAUAGACUGUGUGCCUGCUCAAUAUUUUCAAUCACCCAAUUAUAUACCUUGCUUAUUUAUGGGAGGCAAAGGUUAACUUACUUCGACUAAAAUUAGCAAUUAUGGAUUAGAAUUUUCUGGGACUAAUUAGGGUCUGUUCUCGGGACCUUAUAAAAUAUUUAGAUUAGACAGAGUAUGGAGUUAUAUGUUUGAAUUCUACUUAUUUGAUGAGAAAAAUAAAUAAUCAAUCAUUAACAGAUACAAUCCAAAUAUGUGGGCUCAUAGUUAUAAUGAGAGAGGAGAAUACUUAGAAAAUAAAAAAGUUUAAGUUGCUUAUAGAUAAGAUGAUUCAGAAAGUAAUUACAACAUUUACGGAAACAGAUUAGAUUUUUCAGCUCCUUUUGCUGGAAUUAUGAGGUUUAUUUAACUUGAAAACGAUUUGACUCUAAUAAAUGAAGAAUUACUUACGUAUUUUACAAAAAAUUGCAAAGGAGCAUGCUCUCAAUGUAGAAUAAAUGAAAUGAGAGCUCUCCCAUAAACCUUUCCAAGUGAUUUGGAUGGAACAUGCCUUGACUAAUACGCUGGUUAAGAAUACAUGAAUAUCAACUUUACAUAGUCACUUAAAAUAGGAAUUAAUAAUCAUGCUGCAAGUAAGAGGUCAAGAAUGCUUUAUGAAAAGUAUGAUUUAAUUUUGGGUGAGGAUGGCAAAAAUGAUACUCAAUAUCCGAAAAAAAUAGGAUUUCAGGGAUUCCUUUUCAAUGGUUCAUCUCUUGUAGCAUCAAAAGAAUAUCUUACUCUGCCAUUAAGUUUUACGAUUGAAAUUUGGUUCAAGUUUACUGAGAUAUUCCCUUUUGCUGACUCAGUACAGCCUUAUAAUUUACUAGACUUUAAGUAGAUAUAGUCUUAAUCAAGUAGCUCUGAUUACUUUAGAAUAUCUUUUCUCAAUAAAAAUAAUGAUCUUCAAGUUAGAAUGUUAGGAUAGUAAAAGACAUUCAAAACACACUUAAGUUAGAAAUCAUAAGUAAUAGGUAGAUGGAGCUUUAUAGGGGUAUCGAUAAUGAAUUUAAGGAAAGACUAAGUCAAGAUGUGCCUCAAUUUCCCCCCUAUAAUCCUAGAUUGCUCAACUAAAUUCACAAAUGUUUAUCAUGAUAGUAGUAAACUUUAUAAGAUGAGGAUAGGUGAAAAUUUUAGAGGAAUCAUUAGAACUAUUGCAAUCUUAAACUGGCCUAAGUUGGAGUACCAUUUCAAAACAUAAUAUAAAACUAAUCUUGAUUGUAAAGCAUAAAGUAAGUAAUCUGGUUGUGAAUUAUGUUCAACAGAAUAUAAUGGAGGUGAAUGUUUCCCAAAUUGUGAACUAAACGAAUCACCUUCCACGACUUAUUAAGAAUGUAAUCCAUGUAUUCCAAUGAGAUACUGUAAAACUUGUGAUGAUUCAGUCGGUGUAUAAUUCUGCUCUGAAUGUGCUGAUGGUUCAUAUCUUACACCAUUAACAGGUUGCUCCCCUUGCCAUUAAAGAUGUAAAACUUGCAAAGGGGGUUUUUCUCAUGAAUGCCUAAGCUGUUUUGAAGGUUUCUAUCUGAGUAAAGGAUAAUGCAUUGAAAUAUGUGGAGAUUCUAAAAAUUACUUUGAUUUUUAAUGUGAUGAUGGUAACAUUAAGAAUUUAGAUGGGUAAAAUAUUGUACAUUUUUAUCAAUUAUAGUUGCACUAAUAAUUGCACUGUAGAGGAUGGGUACUAUUGCUUUGGAGGUACGAAUUCAUCAGCUGA